AUGCCGCACGUGUUUCAGGAAAAAGCAUCGAGCCUGAGCUCCGUGUCGCCCAGCCCUCGGCUGGCGUUCGAAGUGAUCGUGCUCGAAGUAGUCAGGCACCUUCGUGUCUUGGACCUUGGGAGCGGUAGCGGUUGCAUGGCCACCUUGUUGGCUCGGCUGGUGGAGGGCCGAGGCCACGUCUUAGCCCUGGAGCAUAUCGAGGAACUGGUCCAACUGGCGGAGCGCAAUGUGGCGAAGCAUCACCAGGAGCUGGUGCCGGAGAUCCUAGAGAUGCGAUGCCAAGACGGGCGCAGUUUCGAUGGUUUCGAUGGCGGCGACGCCUUCCACCUGGUGCACUGUGGUGCAGCCUUGGAACGUGUGGAGGAUUGGCUCGUGGCCCUGCUGAUCCCCGGCGGCCGAGCGGUGGCACCGCUUGGGCCGACGGAUGCACCGCAGUGGUUGUGUAGCAUCGAUCUGUUGCAGGAUGGUUCAGUCGAGGUCACUCGACACUUGCGAGUCCUCUAUGUGCCGAUGACGUCGGAAACGCACCAGAGAAAUCGCGGAGAAGAAUGGGAUGAAGUAGUGGCAAGGUGUGUGGAGAACUCCGCGCAUCUCACCAGCUAACACAGCGCGGCCGACAGCCAUGCCGCGCAGAAACCGGUCGACCGUGGAGAGACCGAAAA